AAGUCGGUUAGUUUAAAGCUCUGUCGUGUGCUAAGAGCUUGCGACAGAGCUAUUCGUUUCUUUAGUUGCCCGGCGCAUUUACACCGUUUACGAUAUUGACAUCAUGAUACGGCUGUUUCAACUGCCAUGUGGCCUUGCUGCCACACUUUUGGCAGCACUAUGCUUAAACUCCGGUUAUGUCGCAGCUGGUCCAUCUGUCAAUGUUGCUAUGAAAGCAGCAUUUCCUACUCCUCCCUAUCUCGUUGAGCUCUUAGAGACAGCAGCCGGAGAGAAUGCGACAUCCUACUUCCCGCUCCUUGAUCGAAUCGCCGACGGCACAUUUACAAAUGCGAAGACGGAUCAAGAGUUAUACGAAAAGUUCCUCCAGAUUUUGAAACAAGAUGGCCAUAUGGAAAGUCCCGAGGCAUUGUCUACCUUUAAGCUUGCUCUAUCUAUGCGGUCAGCAGCUCCGAGAAUAGAGGCGCAUUAUCAAUACUAUGAUACAGCCGUUGCACCCUCCCUAAACGAUGCGAGAGAUGAUUGUGCCGAGUGGAUACUCUUAAACGAAAGGCAGUAUUGCUCGGCUUCAUUGUCGCAUGUCGAAGGCCAAGUUGUAGGAGAAUCGCAAUUGCGCUCACUCCCCUUCGAUCGCGCCUUGGGCAUUGGCCCCGAAGCGAUACUGUACGCGGACAUUACUAAGCCCGAAUUCGGGUCUUUUCACAAAUCAUUGGCGGAGAUGGCUCGGAAAGGAGAAAUAUCAUAUCGAUUACGAUAUCGAGUUGACCAAACUCAAGAACGAGAGCCGCUGCCGGUCAGUGGAUAUGGAAUAGAGCUCCAGUUGAAACGAACAGAUUAUAUCGUAAUUGAUGAUCGUGAUGCUGAGGCCGAGACAAGCUCAGCUGCUAAACCCGUUCCUACUGAGGUAGUGCUUGACGGCGACGAGGAGGUCACAGAUUUAAAGCCACUAUCAAGCUCCGAGUUAUCGUCUUUGGGACUCAGGGCGGGCUCUGUUAUUAUGCAGAGUGACAAUCCUUUUCAAACAUUGAUCAAAUUAACUCAAGAUUUCCCUAAAUUCUCCGCUUCAGUCGCGGCUCACAAUGCUUCCGAAGAAUUUAUCAAGGAACACCGCCAGAACAGAGCUUUAGGAGUUCCAUCCGGAAUGAAUGUUCUCUGGAUGAACGGUGUCCAACAAAUCGAACGACAAAUUGACCCCUUUACCCUUGUUGACAGCAUUCGAAGAGAAAGAAAAUUCAUUGAAGGUGUCACGGAAUUAGGUCUCACUGGGAAAGAAGCCAUCUCCUUGCUUGGUAACCGUGAGAUUACCUUGGCCAAGGCUGAUGAUGAGCCUCGAAGAUUUGACUGGCGUGACGAGAUCGAGGACGGCCGUGUUAUCAUUUGGUUGAACAACAUUGAGAAAGACAAACGAUACGCCGAUUACCCCUCGAAUCUCAUGUCUCUUAUGCAACGAACCUACCCUGGGCAGAUCCCUCCGAUCCGGAAAGAUAUCUUUAACUUGGUCCUUCCAGUUGACCUAAGCAAGCCUGACGAUUUGACCCUAAUCGUUCAACAACUUCAAGGUUUUAUUAAGAGACUCUUGCCUAUCCGUUUUGGAUUGGUCCCUUUGACACCAACGGAGAAGUCCGAAGAGCGAGCCAAAUUGACCUACCACUUAUUAGAGCACUAUGGACUAUCAGCACUCAUGUCAUAUCUAGAGGCUUGCAGCGCGGGGAGCCAGUCUGAGCAAACGAAUUUUGACAAGGCAAUCAAAAACCGAACACCAAAGGCCGAGGCAACUCCCCUAUCCUUCAAGGAAGUUCUCGAGUCUGAAGAUUACGCAAAACACAUUGAACAUGCAAAGCACUGGGUAGACCGACUUAACGCUGACACUGAAGUACCCCCAUUAUUCAUGAAUGGCCUGCCCAUUCCACGAGAGGAAAGAUGGCUUCAAGCCAUAACUAUGAGAAUGAGCGCCGACCUGCAAGUGGUUCAACAAGGAAUAUUUAUGGGUACCGUUGACGACGAGACAUGGAUUCCAGGACUUUUCUUGGAGGGUGCCCCAACCCGACGCAAUCUUUACAUUUUCGACCCCGCGCUCAGUGUUGUAGAUGUCAAUAAACUCUACUCGGAACAUAAUGAUCUAUUCGGCCAGAUCCCUGCCAUUGAAGCGAGUGAAGACACCAGUAAAAAGACGUGGGCGACAUUAACUGUCGUCGCUGAUUUCAAAUCUCAACAGGGUCUUGGUCUUCUAUUAUCUGCAUUAUCAUUCCGGCGCAAUAAUCCCGGCAUCCGCCUCGACUUUGUCCAUAAUCCCUCGACGCCUGAUAAGGGAUACGGAAUCAACACAUUACUCAAGAAAGAUCUUACCAAGCUUUUGGAAAUCGAGAAUAUAGAGACCCUCGAGAUUCUUUUGGCCGGACCGAUUGACGAAAGAAAUGACGAAUAUAAGCUUGCGUUGUUACGGUUCUUGACAGAAGCCGCCAUAGAGCCUGGCUCCCAACUACUUCUCCUUAAUGGUCGUGUUGUUGGCCCAUUCGCUCCUAAUUCCGUAUUCAAGGAAAGUGACUUCGAGCUAUUACUUGAAUUCGAGCAGGCGGCCCGAAUACUUCCAGUAUAUAAGGCAGUAGAUUCAUUAGGUCUAACGGAUAAAAUAUCGAGUCCUCUAGCUGCCGCAAAGCUUACGUCGGUAACGGCCAUAUCCACCGUAUCAGAACUACCCGAAGGAAUAUUCGAGUCUGCCCCGACCCUGCGAACCUCCAUGUUCGACGAGUGGAACUCGACCCAUACGAUGAUCGAGAUUGGCGAUGCAUCUAAAGCGAAUAUACACUUCGUUGCCUUGCUUAACCCUGCUAGUGAGGUAGGACAGAAAUGGGCUUCUAUUCUUAAUGUUCUUUCUCAAUUGGACGGUGUCUAUCUUCGAAUAUUCUUAAAUCCGAAAGAAAAAUUAGAAGAGCUUCCAAUCAAGAGAUUCUACCGUUACGUGUUGGAUUCCGCGCCAUCUUUCGAUGAAACAGGAAAGGUUACCUCUCGAGACGCUACCUUCAAGGGACUUCCCUCUGAAGCGCUUCUUAAUCUUGGCAUGGAUGUACCACCUGCCUGGCUAGUGGCGGCGAAGCAGUCCAUUCAUGAUCUGGAUAACUUGAAACUAAGCUCAAUCAAAGCAGAUGUGGACGCCAUAUAUGAGCUUGAACACAUCCUCAUUGAAGGUCAUUCAAGGGAGACCACCGGUGGUCCACCACGAGGUGUGCAACUGCUGCUUGGUACAGAACGCGAUUCUCACUUUGACGAUACAAUUAUCAUGGCCAAUCUUGGUUAUUUCCAAUUCAAGGCCAACCCUGGAUAUUAUAAUAUUCACCUCAAGGAAGGAAGAAGCUCAGAUUUGUUCAAUAUCGUCAGUGUAGGAGCAAAAGGAUACAACCCUGUUCCGGGUGAUGAAGGUACCGAAGUUGCCCUCAUGGGCUUCCAAGGCACGACAUUAUACCCACGUCUUGAAAGGAAGCCAGGAAUGGAGACGGAAGACGUGCUUGAAGAGAGCUCAUCGGAUACUGGCGGAGAUCUCAUCUCCCGCGGCCUUAAGUUUGCCGAAGGGAUACUCGGUGGAUCAAAAUCCAAGCCGAAGUCUGUUUCAGCUGAAGAACAUGCUGAGAUCAACAUCUUCUCUGUGGCAAGCGGUCAUCUUUAUGAGCGCAUGCUUAAUAUCAUGAUGGUCUCGGUCAUGAAGAAUACGAACCACACAGUCAAGUUCUGGUUUAUCGAGCAGUUCCUCUCCCCUUCCUUCAAGGAUUUCAUACCGCAUCUAGCCAAGGAAUACGGUUUCAAGUAUGAGAUGGUUACAUACAAAUGGCCCCAUUGGCUACGCCAGCAAAAAGAGAAGCAGCGCGAGAUUUGGGGUUACAAGAUUCUAUUCCUUGACGUCCUUUUCCCUCUAUCCCUUGAUAAGGUUAUUUUCGUAGAUGCGGAUCAAAUCGUUAGAACAGACAUGAUUGAUCUUGUCAACCUUGACCUAGAGGGUGCGCCAUAUGGUUUUACUCCUAUGUGUGACUCUCGAACCGAGAUGGAGGGAUUCCGAUUCUGGAAACAGGGAUACUGGAAAAACUACCUUCGUGGAAACCCGUACCACAUUUCAGCCUUAUACGUAGUCGAUCUCCGUCGUUUCAGGCAGAUUGCUGCUGGUGAUAGACUCAGACAACACUACCACCAACUAUCGGCUGACCCAGCCUCUCUUUCUAACCUCGAUCAGGACUUACCGAAUCACAUGCAGUUUGUACUUCCGAUCCACAGUCUUCCACAAGAGUGGUUGUGGUGCGAAACAUGGUGUAGUGAUGAAAGCCAAAAGGAAGCACGGACCAUUGACCUGUGUAACAAUCCGCAGACUAAAGAGCCGAAACUCGACCGGGCUCGAAGACAGGUUCCGGAGUGGACAGUAUACGACGAUGAGAUUGCGGCAGUUGAUCGACGCCGGAGAGGAUCGGUCGUAGAUGAUAAUACUCAGAAGAUACUCACAGGCAGCGCCGAGGAGAAGAAUACCAAGAGCCGAACUUUAGAAGAAAAUACCGAGCCAAAGACGAGGAAGAAGGAUGAGUUGUAAGCAUUAGACAUUUACAAACAAGAUAUAGAUCUAAUUCAGUCUAUUUGGCCAAGCCACUCGAGUCAAGACAAUCAUUACAAUGCUCCCAGAUGCCCCUU